AGAAGAAAGACAAAUAUGGAUGGCUGUUGCAACAUUAGACAUGAUCUGAAAUCUGCAAACUCACACAGUUCAGUCGUCAACAUGGAUGGUGCACUAAAGGUGUUGCUGCUGGCAGCCCUGAUUCUACUGGUUUCUGCCCAGACAUUUAAUAACUACAGAAGCUUGCCUGAUGUAUUAAAAAAACACAUUGACAAAGCGCUGAAAAAGGCAAACCAGCACUUUGGAGCGGGUCAUCAUGUUGCUUAUGAAAAACUCAGAAAAACUCCUACGACUAUGGAGAGCAGCCUGAACGUAAAUGUCCUUCUGAAAGUCACAACAUGCAAGAAGGCUUCUAAGGAUGCAUAUCAGCACCGAGAUGAAUGUGUUACACAAAAAGAAAGAACGCCCCUGAUUGACUGCCUUGUGUGUAAGACAACUGAUGGUACCGAACUGGUUGAUUGUGGCAGACUGAGAGAAGUCAUUACAGGACUGCGCAGUGAAAUUCGAAAUAAGUGUAGUGUUUAUCACACCGGAGGGUCAACCAUUAUGAUGCAGAAAGAAGUAUUUGAGGAUAAUGAGAAGCAUGGUGGAUGUCUCGGAUGUAUGUGAAGCUGUACAAAUCACAGCAGUACAAAUUCUAACUAUAUAUAGAGAGAGAUAAUGAAGGACUAAAAAAAAUUUUAAUCUGUGUAUUGAAAUAGUUAAUACAGUAGCAAAUCAUUUAAAAAAAAACACAUAUCUUGUUAUAGUAGAAGUGAAAAUUGAUAUGCUUAAAUAGAACAUUUGGGUUCAGUUCUUCACUGUUAAAAAGGAAAUGUAGUUAUGGGCAAAGAUUUACUUUAUGAAACAGUGCUUUACCAUGAUUACACACAUUAGAAAAUAAAGCACAUUUAAGACAA